AUGCCAGAGUCCAUUCCUAUUAUUCUGUUCCUUCGUCGUGGAAUACGGCGUUUUUGUGGGUUAAUUCAAAUAUGGUUCCGAGCAAUGCUUGUAGGUGCUGUAUGGUUGAUAACGUUACCUUAUAUGACUGUUUGGGUGUGGAGAUUUUAUUUCUGGAGCGGAGAGAACGUAGCCUUUUAUUUGAAUAAUCAGAAGCCACCUUCUAGAUUGCCAGACAGUAACAGUACUAUUACUGGUGAAAAGAGUGCGUUGGCCGUAUUUUAUGUUGCGUUGCUCAAAGGAACGUUAUGGUACAUACCCCCGGAAGCUGUUGUAUUUGUUGAAGCUUAUGGUGAUUUUGCCAGUAAGUUUUUAGCUGACACAUUUGAAGGACAAAUCAUUACGUGCGUUGUAGUAAUAGUAUUUGUGGCUGUAUUUAUGUUGAGAGAAUGGAUAGUACAAAAUACACCGGCUGAAGAUGGGUUGGAAAACGAUGAAUUGGACAUUUUAGAUAAUGAGGCGAUCCCAAAUGAGGGAAUAGAAAAUAAUCGAAUAGUUUUACCGAAUAUCGCUCCAAUACCCGAACAAAAUGCUAACCGUCCUGAACAACCGGAAAAUAAUGAUGGAGAAUUCGUUUUUCAGAACGGUAUUCGCAUACCAUUAAUUCAGCCACAAUUCGAGAAUUUAGGGCAAAUACAACAACCUGAACCUGUACAGAAUCAAGUGCAAGAUAUUGGUGAGCUACGUAUGGGAAAUGUUGUACCACAAAUUGAAAUGCCAGAAUUAAAUCAAACUGAUAUCGACUCUGAUUGGAUGGAGGAUGAAUAUCAUCAAAUAAAUAAUGAAGAUACACAACCUGAAAUAAACAUUGAAACAAUUGACAAAAUUUUGGAUACUUCAUGUCAGAAUGAUCUUGAAGGUGACAAGAACUCAUGUAGCAUCCAGUCGGCUUCAACGUCAACUUCAUCAGUAUCUCAUUUGGCACGGGAUAAUGAACAAUCAAAUGGUAGUAGUAGUAAAUCUAUUGUGGCGGAUUUACAAGAACCGUCUUUUUAUGUUCCAUACGCAGAUAAAAGACUUUCUAUAUCUGAUUAUAUGGAUGAAAUAAAUCAAAAGGACGAUCUUUUCACUGGACAUUCUAAAAGUGAUGAAUUACCCUCAUCAUCGCAAAAGUUACCAUCGCUUAUUUUAGACAACUCUAAUUUGGGACAAUUUGAGUCAAAAUAUGUCGAUUCGGAACGUGAUGAAUCAAAAAAUAAGUCUGCACAAAAUUUUUCAUCAUCCUCAAAGACAACUUCUGGGCAGUAUAAUAAUAUUGGUAAUAUCGGAGGAACUCUAAGAAUACGACCCAUUAGUAAAGUGAGAACAAGGGUAGGUGUCCCGACACAAGGGUUAUCAAAUACUCAAAAGCUCAGUACCACAUCAACAAAUUCUUCACCUUACGAUAAUGAUGAAAGUGUCAACGAUACUUCUUCGAUAGAUUUAAGUUAUCAUAAUGUUUCUUCAAUUAAAGAGUCACUUUCUGAUAACAAUGGGGAUUAUGAAGAGGUAUCAGAAGCGUCAGAUAGUGACGAAGAUAAUGAAGACGUAAAUCUCCAAGAAAAGUAUCCGAGAGAAAUCGGUACAGCCUACAGCCCUUCAAGAGAUAUAACAAAUGGUAGUGUUUAUUAUGCUGAUGAUUCAACACUUGCAUUGCAUCGUAUUCCUAAGAAGGGCCAGAGUUCAUCGAUCACUGACUUUUUUGAGAAUAGUGAAGAUGAAAUGGAAAAUGCCGAACAAGGGGAAGGACCUGUGGAUAUAAUAGAAGGUGGCAAUAACGGUCAACUUGAUCCUGGUUUGAAUGAUAAUAAUGCUCAGCAACAAGCAAGACAAGAGCAGCAAGCCGAUACAAUUUGGACUCAAAUUUGGAAUUGGAUUGCCAAUGUUUUGAAUGAUAUACCUGAUAUUAAUAACGAAGCACAAGAUAACGAUCCACAGGCGGCCAAUAAUGACCAAGUUGCUAUGAAUCCACCCAUUGGUCCAGUAAGAAGAGAGCCCAAUGCAGAUGCACCUGCUUUUCCUGUUCCUGUCUUUAAUGAAGCUAUCGAUGUUCCAGUUGCUGGUCCUGCUUUAGGCAUUGAAGCGGAAGAGGAGGAAGAAGAAAACGUUGCCAAUGAGGACCUUGAAGGAGUUUUAGAAGCCAUUGGCAUGAGAGGUUCUUUAUGGAUGCUUGCUCAAAACUCUGCAUUAAUGGCUGUAUUAAUUGCAUUAUGUUUGUUUGGUUCAGUUUGGCUACCUUAUUUCGUUGGCAAAGCAUUUUUAUUGGUUAAGCCUUUGAACUUAAUACAACUCCCAUUGACUUUAUUGCGAAAGUUGACAGAUCCUUUGGUCGAUCUAAUAAUAGAUACCACAUUACCUUGGUUAUGGGGGCUCAUUUUACCAGUAUUAAAAUCAUUAUGGAACGUCAUUCAUCCUACUUUGUCGCCAAUGGUUAAAGACACAUCCUUAAUGAUUUAUAUGCAAGACAUUACAAACCAAUCUCAAUACCUUAUAACUUAUUCUGCAUCUCUGUUAUCACAAAUCACCCCCACGUCUGGAAAAAUGUUAAAUGGUACUAUUAUAGAUAGUAACGUAAAUCAUUUUUCUGAGUUCCUCCAAGACCAAAACUUAACAUUGCUUGUGAAAAUAAUUGAUCGGUGGAAUGGAUUUGCUUAUGGUAAUACACCAACGGACAAGAUUGUUUGCAUUUUCUGUGGAUAUACAAUUAUCAUCCUUUUGUGCGUGUGGUAUUUAUCACGUACAAGAAAUCCAUAUGGUCGUACUGUUGGACGUGCUGCUCAAAAAGUGUUGCGACAACAAGGCAUUGUCUUGAAGGUUGCAUUUUUUGUCGCUAUUGAGUUAUUAAUUUUUCCCAUCAUAUGCGGCAUCUUGUUAGACCUUUCUACCUUACCGCUUUUCCCAGACGCCACCCCGACGUCUCGUUUAGAGUUCUACCUCGAAUCUCCUGUCACUUCAACUUUUCUUCACUGGUUUACUGGAACUGCAUUUAUGUUUCACUUUGCAGUUUUUGUUUCUCUUUGUCGUGAAAUUGUUCGUACUGGCGUAAUGUGGUUCAUUCGUGAUCCAAAUGAUCCGCAAUUCCAUCCUAUUAAAGAAAUUUUAGAAAGACCUGUUUGGACUCAGUUGAAAAAAAUUGGUGCAAGCGGUAUUAUGUACAGUGCAAUGAUUGUAUGUGGGUUAGGAAGUGUUAUAUAUUUCAUUAGAUAUGCCUUUAAUGGCAUAUUACCCUUGCAAUGGUCGUUCACUGAACCUAUAUCAGACUUUCCCGCUGAUCUUUUAGUAUUCCAUAUCAUUAUUCCCGUCACUGUUACCUUGGCAAAGCCUAAACGGUUGUUCCGCACAUUAUUUGAAAAUUGGUGGCAUAUUACCUCACAUCACCUUCGGUUGACAUCCUUCAUGUUUGGGGGACGCCAAUAUGAUGAAGAAGGUACACAUGUUCGAAAGACGUGGCGCGCCUUUUUCCUCUUUCUUAAGGCACCAAUAGUUGAUAAUAAUGCUAUUGAAACUGAUGAUGUUGUUUUCGUGAAAGAUGGUGGAUUUGUUCGAGCACCAAGUUAUGACGCUGUACCUGUAGAACCUGGAAAAAGGAUGUUGAUACCUGUAAACGAGGAUGGCACUUUGAUCGAUCCUAACGAUGCACCAGCCGGAGAUGAUGAUCAACCGGGCUACACCAUUGUCUAUAUUCCUCCUAAUUUUAGAGCAAGAAUUAUAUUUUUCUUAUUUCUUAUGUGGUUCUGUGGUUCUUUAUUCUGUUGUUCAGUGACGGUUUUACCUCUCUUGACUGGUCGAUUUAUUUUUCAAACUAUUCUUCAUUAUGAACGCCCUGUUCAUGACUUAUACACAUUUACAGUUGGUUUAUAUGUCAUGUGGUCAUUAGGAGUCACUCUUGAAUGGUUAAUACGAAAAUGUCAAGCUAUCGCUGAAAACCGACAUAAUUAUGCCGAUUGGGCUGAUAUAAGACGUAAAAUAGGGCAAGGAAUUAUUAUAUUCGCAAAAAUUGCAUAUCUCUUAAUAUCUCUCGGUAUUGUUAUUCCAUUCCUCCUCUCUUUGGUUAUUGAAUUAUACAUUAUUCUUCCUUGGAAGAAACCUACUACGGAUGUGCCAAUUAUUUCGUUCUUACAGGACUGGGCUUUGGGUAUUGUUUACAUGAAAAUUGCAUAUCGUAUUAUAUUUAUGUUGCCUGAUAAUGUUUAUAGUAGAGCGAUUAAUGAAAUUACCGCGCAUGGCAUUAAACGUUUAAAUGUUAAAUUGGCGACAACCGUUUUUAUUAUUCCUAUUGGUGGUUCAGCAUUGUUAGCUGUUAUAUUGCCUGCUUUAACGGCGUGGGGAAUUAUAUAUUUGUCGGGCAUUACAAAUGCCAUUACAAUAGCUAGAUUAGGUCGAUUUAUAUAUCCUGUUUUUUUGGUGAUGGUAUUCGGGUAUCGAGUCCAAAAACAAACUGCACAAUUAAUAGAAAAUUGGAUGCAAACAGUUAGGGAUGAAGAAUAUCUUAUAGGACGAAGGCUACAUAAUAUAGAACCAAAUGAGCAAGCUGGAAAUGACAGUAAUGCUCGUAAUAAUCCUAAUAAUGCCCCAAUGGCAGCAUAG